UUAAACUAUCUACUAUUAGAGCUUUGGAAAUCUGCGUAGGCACUUGCGUCGGCAGAUGCAAAAAUGACGUGAUAUUUCCUUCUUAUCAACGGCUAUCAGAGUGCCGACACCUAGUCGAGAUUAGAUAUUGCGUACAAUAUAUUUUUAAGCUGUUUUAAGAUUGCUGUUUGUUCAAAGCGAGGAAGUGCCGCGGAAUCGCUUUAACGAAUCACGAAUGUCGUAUUGUUUUAAACAUUCUUUGCAUAAACAUCGCGUUGUUCAUUAUACUUGUGGAGCGUUUGCGUCGAGCUCGAUAGAAAAGAUGCCGCUCGUCGAGCGACUUCGUCUCGACGAGGUCGUCAGUUCAUACCCAGAGCUCGGUCCAACGGUUCCGGAUGGUGGAUACUCGUGGUUUGUUCUUCUAGGUGUUGUCUUCAUUCAGAUCACUGUGCCUAGCGUCCUGUCAAUGUAUGGCAUAGUACGAGGGUAUUUAGUCACCAACUAUCCGUCGCUUUACUUUGAUCUAUGGAGCGAGGUCACUUUGGCGCCUCUAUUAUUCGUUGCUUUUUGGAGCUUAGCAGACCCAUGGACCAAGGCCAUCACGGAUCUGGCAUCAAUCCCAAGACUGGUUGGUAUCAUCGGCGUGGCUCUUCUCACCAUGGGUGUCAUAGCUUCCGGAUACUUGGCAACCGGUGGAGUGGGCGCAUAUUUAGCUGGUUUGAGUGCCGGUGCGGUUAUGGGCAUAGGGGCGAGUUUUGUGAUUGUUGAAAGUGAAACCGUGCUGCGAAAACAUUUCAAGGUGAGACUGCCGUUGGCGCUGACGUUGAAGAACAUUGCCAUGUCCGUUGGCUUCACCCUUGUGCCGGCGCUUACACAGUUCCUGCUUGCGAAAACAGACCUGAAGACAGGACUUUUGCUGAUGACGAUUACCUUUAUUCCUACUGCCUUAGGCACUCUGAUCUUGCGCUUUCCAACUCCACAGCGAGCAUCUCCUUAUAGGUUACUUCUGACCGACGAAGAUAAUGAAUUGGGCAUCAGGAUAUCCUCGGAUAGAGAAUCGGAUUUUGAUCAACGGAAUAAUGGUACAGAUAACAUCGGCUAUGACAAUAGCGACAAACAGGACAGUAAUGUCGAGGCUUUGUUUAGCGAGGUGAACAGCAUUUACACUUAUCAAGAAGCGGACGAGGAUGUCGAGCUCUUCGUUAAUCCGACCGUGCAAUCCGGCAAGUGGAAGCAGGAGUUUCAUGUGGCUCGCUAUUUCAAAUUUUGGGCGGUCAUGGUGACAUGGACUGGGAUGAAGUCCAGCUCACUCUUCUUUUGGAUUCUGAUACCCAGCUUAUUUCUGCAACGAACAGAGCCAUUUUAUCAUGCUGACUGCGUGACAUUGUUGGUGGCUGCAGGUGUUGGUUCUUUCAUACCUAGCAUCGCUAGCUAUUGGUUCAUCGUCACUACCGCUCAAUACAGAAGAAUAUAUUUCGGCGGCGCCUGUUGGCUUAGCAGUAUUAUUUUGUUAAGUGCGUGAGAUGUGCAUAAAAUUUUGCUUUUCUUCAACAUUUCGAA